AUCCCCUCUACCCCGCUAAACCCAACUCUCUCUCUUAUCCCGGUGGAAGCCCGCGCCCUCCCAGCCGUUAGCUGACUCGCUCGGUCUGCUUGUUGUUGUCUCACGGGGCUUGAGUGUGACGUUGUGACGGUAUCAUGGUUUGCAGGGCUCCGCCGCAGUAGCAGCAUAAGAAGAGGAAGAAGCAGGACAGUAGCCGUGUGUACCAAGCAGCCAGUCCGGACUCUCUUCCAUCUCCUAUCUAUCGAGCGGAGGACGCAGCCAGAACAAGCAGAGCAUCCCGUCUCUCUCGUUCCCCAUCGCUACGCUCGGUGAUCAUCAGCUCGCGGAGCUCUCGGUUUGAUAAAGGGUUGUGACCAGGGACCUGGUAGGUGUUGUUACCGCUGUAGUCCAUCGUCUCAGAGACCAAGUGUGUUUCGCCACGGUGUUGCGUCGUUGCCAUGGGGAAACAGAACAGCAAGCUGAGGCCGGAGAUGCUUCAGGACCUGAGAGAGAACACUGAGUUCUCCGACCACGAACUACAGGAGUGGUACAAGGGCUUUCUGAAGGACUGUCCCAGCGGCAACCUGAACGUGGAGGAGUUCAAGAAGAUCUACGCCAACUUCUUCCCGUACGGAGAUGCCUCCAAGUUCGCCGAGCACGUCUUCCGAACGUUUGACACCAACAACGACGGCACCAUCGACUUCCGGGAGUUCAUCAUCGCGCUGAGUGUCACGUCACGGGGAAAGCUGGAGCAGAAACUGAAGUGGGCCUUCAGCAUGUAUGACCUGGAUGGGAAUGGGUACAUCAGCCGUGAUGAGAUGUUGGAGAUCGUACAGGCCAUUUAUAAGAUGGUGUCAUCUGUGAUGAAGAUGCCGGAGGAUGAGGCCACGCCGGAGAAGAGAACAGACAAGAUCUUCAGACAGAUGGACCUCAAUAAUGAUGGUAAACUGUCACUGGAAGAGUUCAUUAAAGGUGCCAAAAGUGAUCCCUCUAUCGUGCGGCUACUCCAGUGUGACCCCAGCUCCGCCUCCCAGUUCUAACCCCGCCCACCUGGCCUGCCACGCCCACCCUGAUUGCUAUGGAAAUAGUAACUCCAAUUAGUUUAUGAUGGUUCUCAUCACUCAUAUAUUUUUGGUGUACAAGAUGGAGGAAGAGUUUUAAAAGGAGAUAAAGCAAAAAUCAUGAUCAUUUUACUUUACUUUUUUUUUUUAAGGAAAUAAGGGACAUGCAUACAUUAUUAUUCAGAAGAUGAUACGACAACUGAGAAUACAAAAAACAAGCCGUUGUCCGAUGUGUUUUACUGUCUCUCUCUGGAUCCGGAAGGAUGGAAUUCUGGAAGAAUGGGAUGGAAUUCCAGAAGAAUGGGAUGGAAUUCCGGAAGAAUGGGAUGGAAUUCUAGAAGAAUGGGAUGGAAUUCCGGAAGAAUGGGAUGGAUUUCCGCUGAGCUCCGCUGCCUCACAACGUCAGAAAGUCCGUCUGCCAUUUUUACAAAGUCUGUUUAUUUUGGGGAAGAUAAUGAAGGGAACAUUCCAUCCUGAGAACCAUGCAUGAGCCAUCUGUGUUCUAAUCAUUCUGUUCAAAAGAUUCCGUUUCCCUCCAAUUAAGGCACAGCUCCUCCAAUCCUCUUCCACUUUCAUAUCCAUAUUUAUGUGUAUAUACAUGUGUAUAUGACAUUAUACGAAAUGAAUAGGCAAGUAUAUAUAUACAUUAUAUCUGUCUUUAUAACUCCUGUUGCAUUCAGAAGGCAGUAUCAUGUAGAUGUAUUGUUUGCUCUGAUCCACUAUGGGAAUUGCCUAAUCGUUUGUUCAUAGAGGGAACAUGGGACCGGGACAGGAAGUUGUGAUGUUUCUGAUAUAUGAUCUUUCACCGCGGUAAAGAAAGCUAUUGGGUUUUUAUUACUGAUGUUAUAAAUGUAUUGUUAUUAUUGAUUCAUUUAACUGUUUUAUUGUUAUAAUUUUUUUUGUACAUAAUAUUGUUUUCCUCGUGUUGUUUACUUGUUUUUAUUUAUUUUCAUUGUUGUGGUUUUUAAUUUGAUUUGACAUUGAAGAUGAUUAUAACACAGUACGGGAGAGGAAUCCAUUGAAAGAAAAAGAAAGAAAUGAGGACUGUUCCUUGUCAUAUGGACAUGGACUUGUCUUUGGGAACCGUCCGUCUCUGUCCAAGAUGGAAUGUGGAGAUUCCAAAAUUCGGCGUUGGAAGGGAAAAAUUGGAAUAUUCUAGAAUAUUUAUAUCAGGUGAUUCCAUAAUGCAUUUGAUCAAUGAAACCAGUAGCAACACAUCAUAUAAUUUGAGCCGCCACGAGUGUAUGCACGCAUGUAUGUGUGUGUGUGUGUGUGUGUGUAUGUUUUUUUUGUGUGCAUGUGUGUACAGUUUGUGUGCAUGUCCAGGCUUUAAACUUUAACAGUAUUAUACAUUCGUGUUGUUUAUUAUUAAUAUGUCAUAUAAGUAUUUAAAGUUAGUUAUUUUAACACUUUAUCGCAUCGCUGAGCGGUGAAGUACAGUAGCCACGUCGUCACACGCCUCACUGCAUGGUGCACAAAACAACACACGAAAACCCCCAUCACAAAACAGUUCCAUUUCAUAGCUCUACUUUCUUCAGCAGCACUCUUACAUCAGCCUACCAGACCGCACACAGAAGACACACCGACAUGCCGUCUUUGCGCACUCUUGUGCGCGUGUGUCACUUUGGGACAAACCCCCUCCCUCCUGCCUUCUGCCAGACACAGAGCACAACACACUAAGGGCUUGAUUAUCUCUAUCCCUGCUGGUCUUGAUUAUCUCUAUCCCAGCUAACCUUGAUUAUCUCUAUCCCUGCUGGUCUUGAUUAUCUAUAUCCCUGCUGGUCUUGAUUAUCUCUAUCCCUGCUGGUCUAUAUUAUCUCUAUCCCUGCUGGUCUAUAUUAUCUCUAUCCCUGCUGGUCUUAAUUAAUGAUCUCUAUCCCUGCUGUUCUUAAUUAUCUCUAUCCCUGCUGGUCUUAAUUAUCCCUAUCCCAGUGCUGUUCUUGAUUAUCUCUGUCCCAGUGCUGGUCUUGAUUAUCUCUAUCCCAGUGCUGUUCUUGAUUAUCUCUAUCCCAGUGCUGUACUUGAUUAUCUCUAUCCCAGUGCUGUUCUUGAUUAUCUAUAUCCCAGUGCUGUUCUUGAUUAUCUCUAUCCCAGUGCUGUUCUUGAUUAUUUCUAUCCCAGUGCUGUUCUACCUUCCUUUUCAAUGUGUUAACCGAGACAGUAGACAGUGGAAUUGUUUUAAGGCAAAGAUCACUUAGAGGUUGCAUUCCAAGUGACGCCCUAUACCUUGUAGACUCCACUACUGGUGACAGUCAAGGCCCAGAGGACUCUGAAUGAGCGCACCGUAAAACUUUAGUAUAAGGGUAGGUAAUAAACCAUUUAUAAACCAUUAAUAAACUAUUAAUAAACCAUUAAUAAACUAGUAAUAAACUAUUAAUAAACAAUUUAUAAACCAUUUAUAAACCGUUUUCUCGCCAUGUAUUAAUCAUGACUCCCACAUGUGUAAAUGUCAAAUCAAAUUGUAUUUGUCACAUACACACGGUUAGCAGAUGUUAAUGCGAGUGUAGCGAAAUGCUUGUGCUUCUAGUUCCGACCACGCAGUAAUAUCGAACAAGAAAUCUAACCUAACAAUUUCACACAACAACCACCUUAUACACACACAAGUGUAAAGGAAUGAAUAAGAAUAUGUACAUAAAAAUAUAUAAAUGAAUGUCAGGAAGCUAGUUAUUCAGACAUGUGUAUAUAUAGUUCCUUAAACAUCCUGUGUUGUGCGUUGGUUCUAUCGCCAGGUACUGCUGGAAUGUCUACCAACAGCAUGUCCAUCAUGUUGUGACAAAUUACACCGCUCACUCCAUGUUAUAUCGUAUUUAUUACAUAAAUGGCUUUCACUUUAUAUUAGGGGCUGCAAAAAGACCUUACUGAUGAUUAGUAAAUGGUUAAUUAAUGAUUAAUACAUGGUGAACACACACUUUAUAAAUGCCUUAUAAAUUAUUUAUUACAGUCCCUUAAAAUGAAGCGUUACCGAGUGCACACUUCAGGAGAAAGGAGAUAUUAUUUGAAAUGCACGCCUAGUUUCCCACAAUGUGUACUGCACCUCUACUAUGGGCUCCCAGUUCACUGCCCCCUGGUGGUUGGAUGUGAUUCCAGGGUCACUGCCCCCUGGUGGUUGGAUGUGCUUCCAGGGUCACUGCCCCCUGGUGGUUUGAUGUGCUUCCAGGGUCACUGCCCCCUGGUGGUUGGGUGGGGAAUAUUUGCUUCUCCACUAAUGCAAAAUUAUGGUAACGUUCCCAAAAUGUCCAGGUUUUCUAGAACUCCUGAUUUUAAAAAAAGAUUCCCAGAUUUCCUGCUUAUUCCAGGAAUUCUUCUAAUUUGUAUUUCUGGAAAAACCUGGACAAUUUGGUAAAGUUACCCGACACCGUCCUACCUAACCUUUUUCUGUUCUAACUGCCUCAAACUAAUAACUUGAGUUGGAUCGAGAUUAAAAACAAACAACUCUUUCUUCCUCCCUUGUUUCUGUUGCAUGACAACCUCUAGUUGAGGAUGGAUUGUUCUGUUUUGAACCGAAAUCGAUAACAAAUAUACCUUCUGUGUUUCAAACAUG